AAGCCCCGCCCCUCCCGGCAGGCACAGAAAUCGAGUUCGGUUUUAACUUAGUUGGGGAAGGUUUACGUAUUGUGACAGUACUUCAGUAAACGUUUAAUUAGUCUGUCCAACAGGAAGUAACAUCGUGACUUUUGGACAUUCGUGGAAUUGGGACAGCUGAAACGAAAAGAGGCGCCAUUUUUGCCUUGUAAUAUUGUUCGAAUGCACUGCUUCUGCUGACAGCGAUUUAUCAGCGAUGCUAAACGACCGCAGCGUGAAACGGCGACAACAUUUCCCCGCUCCAGGACUUGGUCGUUAACUUGCCUGAGCUGCCAUGGCCGUGGCGGAGAGACCUGCCUCAGGUGCGCGCGCCGCAAGAAUGAAUGUAUUCCGACACCUGAUCAACUUUGGGGUCAAUCCUGCAGCUCUGGCUUAUGCCAUGACCACCCUGGGAUCUGCCAUGAUAAACAAUAUAUUCAGCUUCUACUAUGUCAAACUCUUUCUCAAUAAGUACAAGAUAUCAGAGGGAGCGUUCCACAAAUCACAAGUGGUGUACAUGGUGUGGAAUGCAGUCAAUGACCCUCUCUUCGGCUACCUGCAAGAUAACUCCAGGGUGCCCUGUUGCUCUCACCGACGUCUCUCCAUCCUGUACGGCGCUCCCCUCUACUCGCUGGCUUUUCUUCUGGCCUGGUUCCCAUGGCGGUCCUACGCUCCCGGUGACUGGUUGAGCGGCUUGCAUUUGAUGGUGGCGCUCUGUGCUUUUGACGGCAUGCUGACUUUUGUGCUGCUGGCACAAUGUGCGUUGUUUGCAGAGAUUUCCGGCCAUCAUCAAAGCCGACUAAGACUUGUCAAGUACAGCCAGGUGGCUUCUCUCAUUGGCUCCUCCAGUGUCCUAUUCUGUGGCGUGAUGUCCAGAAACAUGGAAGACUUUACGGCCUUCCAGGCCUUCGCAGUGCUCAUCGCUAUCCUGAGCUGUGGCUGCAUGCUCUAUACGGGCCUCCACAGUGAGAGCCGCUUUGAUAACAAAGGAUCUGAAUCAGAUGCAUGUGUUGACCAGACUUCCCAUCAGUUAGCGUUUUCCUUCUCCAUGCUAAGAAUAUUGAUGUGGCAAAUCCUGACCAAUAGGGACUUCCAGCAAUUCGUUCUCAUGAACUUCUUCCAGGUUUUCAUGUUGGCUUUCUUUAAUAAUUUUACCAUGAUAUUUGCUGAGCACCUGAUUCCUCCAGAUGUGCUUCCAUCUCUGGCCAAGAGCAUCAUGUACGGAGCGGGAUUCAUCUGUCCACAGCUGUUAGUACUGAGCUGUCAGAGUCUGCUGCAUGGUCUUGGCUACUACAGGAUCAUCCUCUUCACCUUCUACAUGGAGGCUGGAAUGGCGACUGUCAUGCUAGCACUUGGUCCUCAGCACUACUAUAUCCUGGCCUUUUUCCUCACCGUCAACAUGGUCAUAAUUCAAGCAGCCUUCAGUCUUUUCAGCUUGCCUUUGGCUGACAUCAUUGACACAGACCUUCACAAGUACAAGCGCAGCUCCCCUCUCUCCUCCAUGGUGUUUGGGACGAAUGCUCUGUUCACCAAGCCGGCUCAGUCUCUGGCCCCUAUGACAGUGCUCAGUAUCCUCAACCAGUUUGGAUAUGAACAGCUGAAGGAAGCAGGAAGGGAUUCAAAUCCAAGCGCCUUGGAGAGCCUCCACAGUGUGAUGUUUUACUUGGUGUGUCUGGUGCCAAUGUGUGUUGCUGCUGUGCAAGUCCUGGCUUGGAGGCCGUUUUCCAUCCGCAACAGUCACACAGUCGACACAAAGUACAUUGACGGCUGACCUCGGUGUUUACAGACUUUGGGACCCCACUGUAAAUAUCAGACAUUAAAAAGUAACUGUAAAUGUUUGACAUGGACAGAAAUAACAACAUGUGAAACACUUUGUCCAGUCACUGACCCCUGCAGGUAUUUAGCAGGAACACACUGUUGUGAUGGCUGUGCUGCAAAAAAGGACCAAUUCCUCAGGAGGCAUGCAAAAAAUGCUGUUGUGUUCUUUAGAAUUGUACUCUUCCUACUAAAACGGUCAACUGAAACAGAAGUGAUACAUGCUGACAGUGGAAAUUAAGAGUGAUUGUCUUCCAUUAGUGACACCAGUAACAUCCAGUCAAAAGAAAUAUUAUGCCUGUAUGGCAUACAGCAUCGGUAGCCAAACGCCACGAUUCUUACGUCGUAGCUCUAUCACUGUCAUGGUAAUUACAGUGAUAGAGCUAAGUGCUCUUAUAGGAGCACAUUUUGCCACAUGUGGUAUAAGGACUUUACAAAAAUGGAAAGAAUAUUAAUUCAGAUUUUUUUCAUUUCAGGACUUUCACAUUCCAGGGUUGAGUGGGGUUUUUUCUGAUUAAGGACAUUGCCAUUUUGUAGUACAGACACACACGCACUCACACACACACACACACACACACACACACACA